CAGGGGCAGGGGCUCGGCCUGCCGCCCGCAAACAAGGGCGCCGCCGGGCUGGGCAUGCCCGGCGCUCCCGGCCUCGGACACCUCUCCUCGGGCAUGGCAGGGCCGGGCAUCGGCCUCGGCAUGGGUCCGCCGCCGGAGCUCGCGAGCGCGAUGGGGGGCACCGGCUUCGACAUGUCCGACUUCCCCUCGCUCGGCGGCCGCCCCGCCGCCGCCAACCCCGCGCUGCAGCAGUUCCGCGCCGCGCCGCCGCCCGCGCAGUCCGAGUUUCGUGCCGUCGAAGAGGACUUCCCCGCGCUGGGAGGCGCGCCUGCCAAGCGGCCCGCCGCGGUGGGGAGCGGCGGCGCCGACUUCCCCCCGCUCGGCGGCGGGAUGGGGGACGAGGCCGCGCAGAGCCACGCGCUCGCGCGAGACUUUGGCGCGCCUCCGGGCGGAGAGCCGGCGAGCAGCGCGGGCAGCGCGACGGACCGGUUUGGGCUGAUGGGCAUCCUGUCGGUGAUCCGGAUGACGGAGCCAGACCUCAACACGCUCGCACUCGGCACCGACCUCACCUCUCUCGGCCUCAACCUCAACUCUGCCGACUCGCUCUACGCCACGUUCGCCUCGCCGUGGGCCGACGCGCCCGCGCAGCGCGAGCCGGAGUUUACGCUGCCGCAGUGCUACUACAUGCAGCCUCCGGCGCUGAAGACGGGCCACUUCUCGAAGUUUCAGCUGGAGACCCUCUUCUACAUCUUCUACAACAUGCCGCGAGACACGCUGCAGGCGUACGCUGCGACCGAGCUGUACAACCGCGACUGGAGGUACCACAAGGACCUCACGCUCUGGUUCACGCGCGCCAGCCGGCAGGAGGGGGGCGGCGAGGCCGGCCAGAAGGGGCAGUACCUCGGCUUUGACAUCCACGAGUGGCGCAAGAACAAGAAAUACCGACCGCGGCCGAGUUCUUCUUUUAGGCAGUACAUCUACUUUGACAUCCACGAGUGGCGCAAGAAGCUCUUCCACGGCGUGGGCGGCGGCGGCGCGGCGGGCGGCGAGGGCGCGGAGGGCGAGAGCGAGGAAGCGCCCCUGCCGAACCUCGGCGGGGACUGA